CAAGAAGGCCUAUGUUGCGCUCAACAUUGCUUGAAUAAUUUAUUACAAGGACCAUAUUUUGAAGUAACAGAUUUGGCGGCUAUUGCUCACGAGCUAGACGCAUGGGAGCAUGCUGCUCUCGGACAAACAUCUUCGGAGCCUUCCUGUCUAAACAAUGAUGAAACAGGCUUCUUUUCUAUCCAGAUUAUAGUGUUUUGCCCACAAGUGGGCUUCGUAUGCCACUACAUGCAACAUUGGUUUGCCAUCCGAAAGCUCGGCAACCAGUGGUUUGACCUCAAUUCUAUGUUUAGUCGGCCGAAACUCAUUUCAAAGACCUACCUUUCCCUUUAUCUGGCUCAACUCCGCCAAGAAGGCAAUUCGAUCUACUUUGUCGCUGGAAGGCUUCCAGAGUGCGAAGCUGACCUCUACUUGCAGGUACGACCGCAUCGGCCGCAGCUUCAAGCCCUGCUUAUGGAUCAUCUGGGCGCACCGCAGACCCUCCGCCAGGAACUAGUUUCGGUAAGCUUGCCCUGA